UACCGCCGCGCUGAGUGUUUCUCUUGUCGGAGGAGGGGACACCUGGCUGCAAUGUGCAAAUCCAAGCCACGCCAAGAAAAUGUAGCUCAUUGUGAGGAGUCAGCCUCCGUAAGCGAGGACUACGGACAGUUCCUGUUACACCUCCGUGAGUCGUCGAGAGGACUGGUCGGGCCUAUAUGGCGAACGCUACAGUGGAAAGGGGUGCCCGUGAAGAUGCAAGUGGACACCGGGUCACCAGUGUCAAUAGUGACAUGGCCAACUUACGCCCAGCACCGUCACCGUUGGCCCAUGCUCGAAAAGUCGUCGUUUCAACUGAGUUGCUUCCUCGGUAGACUACCUGUGAAAGGACAGCUGGAAGUUCCUGUCACCUACGCUGGAAAAACCGUCAACGCGACGCUAGUGGUGCUCGGCUGCUCAGGUCCAAACCUCUGUGGGCGAGACAUAAUUCAAGCAUUUCAGCUGACUGGACCCAGUGCUCAACGUGGACGUCAACGACGGUGCACUUCCCCGCAGACAUUCGCCCGGAGAACCCGUAUGGUGCAAGAACUAUGGGGCAGGCGCCAGCUGGAGACGCGCAGUGAUACAGAAUACCAGGGGAUCCCGCCUGAGCACGGUCAAGACGGAAGAUGGUGAACUAUGUGAGCGUCAUGAAGAUCAGCUAAGGCACCGCUCGGAUGGUCACCUACCAACAUCGUUGGACGAGGAAGGCACCGAAGGAAAAGAAGUGUUGGCCCCAACAAACGAAAAUGCAGACUUUCUGGCAGACUUUUCGGACA